UUUGAUAAAAUCUACUAAAAUGUGUGAGAAUGAUGAGAACUUGAUUUGGGCAAUAAAAAACGGCGAAUUGGAUGACGUGCAAAGCACCUAUCAAAAUUCGAAUCGAAAUGUAAACGAAUUUAUGGGAGGACGAACUCCAUUACAUUAUGCCGCUGACUUUGGACAGUUGAAGGUUGUCAAGUUUCUGACCGAGAUCGGAGCUGAUGUCAAUAAGGAGGACAAGUACAGUAUAACACCAUUACUGGCUGCCAUCUGGGAGGGGCAUACCGAAUGUGUUGAGUUUCUUCUGGAAAAGGGGGCCAAUAAGACGGGAAUGACUCCCAGUGGUCAGAACUAUAUUGAUGCCGCUGAAAAGGAUGAAAUCAAAAAAUUGCUACUGAUGUAGGACAAUUGAUCAGAUGCCGAAGAAGAUAUGUUGGGAAAAAUUGUUUUGUAUUUUUAGAUGUUUGAUAUUGUUGUGGAUAAUAAAUGUGUGUAACUUAUUGUA